GACUCAAGCAGCUCCGCCAUUGGCUGCGCCAAACCAGGAAGUCCGGCCACUGUUGCCGUCACGCGCUUCUGACGGAGGGAACUUCCCAGCAGGAACAGCAACAACCGCUGCGACGCUCCAAAAUGUCUCCCGAAGUUGAACUCAGACACUCCGCGGCGACCGUCUGCCUGACGUUUCUGUCCCUGGUCCGGCCGGCGGAGGCUUACGACGCGGGCGACGCUUUAGCCCUGCUCCUGGGCACCGUCGCGGCUGUGGCGGGUGUGUGCGCCUUCCUCGGCUGGUACGCGCGCAGGCGGAACGAACACCUGUAAAGAGCGGCCGUCGUGCGCCUGCAGCGUUCAAAAAAAAUCCCAAGACCCAAACGAGCCGAUCUAAUGCGGACCUUCUGGCACUAUUUCUUUGUGUCGACGUGGCGGACCACGAACGUGCCUCUUUGGAAUGAGAGCGCAAAGGGGAACCGCGUGGACUCGGGAGUUGCAGGAAGACAACCAGGAAGUCCCCAAAACGAGAGCUCAAAUUAGUUGCCAUGCUGAGGCUGAAGGCCAAACACUGUUACCUUCAGAUGUUACUAAAGACUGGAGCGAUUAGUGAAUUGUAAAAAAAAAAACCGCAUAUGUGCCAUGCAUGGAGUGAUCAGUGUGUUUUGCUGAUGUGUUUAUGUGCAACACAAUAUCGCCAUUGCUUGAAGGACAAUAUCACAGGUGUGCUUCUAUGAAAAGAGGGGAGUUGUUGCUAUUCUUUGUGGUAUUAGCUCUGGGAAUAAUAAAUGGAUUCAUCUGACGCUU